AUGACUGAUUUCAUACACUUACCAGUUGAUAAACUUGUUAAAAAGCUUUUUGACGAUGAAAGACCAAUUGAUUUUGGAUUUCUUGAAUAUCGUGAUGAAACAACAAAUGAAAAAAGAUUUCAUUAUCCAGUACAUCGUAGAACGGGUUGUAAUACAACCUUUCAAUCAUCAAAUGAUUUUGAAAACUUAAUUAUCAUAUUUAGUCAUAUAUAUAUAUAUAAGUUUCAUGCGGUCGAUACCGAUUUAAUCAAGCGCGACUAUGACAAAUGGUAUCAAGAACAAAAAAAUUUAGCAUCAAUAUCUCAUUUCACAACUGAUGUUUUAACUUCAAGUGACGUAGAAGAACUUUUUGAUACAUCAUCAACGAUAACUAAAACAAUAGCACCACUUAAAGUGAGUUCAUUAUUUCUCAGAUAA